GAGAAGUUGCAUGUCAUAAUACCGUGUUAAAAGUAUUUCACAUUUAUAAAUUAUUUCCUUGCUGUAGCAUCGAUGUCCCUAUUUCAAAUGCGACCGUGUCGCGUCAUUUGAAGAGCUGCUGGUAGCUUUACGACAAUCUAAAUACACAAUCGCGACAAUGGCCGCCUGGAGACCUCUCAAACUUUCUGAGUCUGCUGGUGCACAACCACCCCCCUUUCUCAUCUCAUCCGAAUUCAACAAUGAUUCAUACCUAGUUCGGCUGACCGACUUGACGCACACGUGGGUCGAAAGUGUAGAUCGCGAUGCGAUAAUCGAACGAAGCAGAGAAGAGAAUACAAGUAUCGAUCCAAGUGAGGACGACGACCAGCUAUCGAUAUUUCUCGAAAAGAUCAGACUCGGCCUUGCGGGGAAAAAGGAUACAAGCCUUUCUUUCCAAGUCGGGCCGGAGACUGGAGAUAAUCUCUCACCAAGUCUACUUCUUCAUGUUACGAUUCGACUACCUGGUGGAUUGAAGGACUUAGAAUGGCGUUACGAACUGGCCUUGCAAACGCCGAAAGAAACAGUCGAGAAGUUGCUUCUUCCAAGUUUAAUUACGCUACAAGAAAAGAAAGAAGAGGUCGAGGAGCUAAUAGAGCUGCUGGAGGAGAAAGAUGCGGUUAUUCAGAAAUUAGUGGAUACAUUGGAAAGUCAAGGGACCGACCUAGGUACAAUAUUUCACCAGGCUGCAGGAAGAUCAGGAAAGAAAAUCGACAGGAAGAAGGCGAGUGAGAAGAUCCAAGGAUUGAAGAUUUUCGACGCAGAAGCUUGGAAGCAGAAGUCGAGAUCUGAUAAGCCGGAAGAUAGAUGGGAGUUGUUGAACAAUGUGUUUGGUGGCAAUGAUAUAAUUCCAAAUCUUUCUAAGGCGAAUAGUUUCGACAAAGAGGAUCGAAAACAUAAUUGGUGGGAACAUAUGCAGGGCAAGAGGGUAGGUACAUCAGGGAGCAAGCUUGCGACAAGUGCAACCGAUUCAUCACGGAGAAGUACUCAACAAGAACAUACCCAGACGGAGGAUGAUUUUCAGGUACAAUCAACACCACCUCACCUCUCAAGACCUAAGGCGAAGCCUGAUGUUUCAAUGGACGAUUCCACAGAUGAUGAUGAUGAUGAUGAUGAUCUCGACGCUCCAUCCCAGCAUUCGAGAGUUCCAAAUAAUUUAUCUAUUUCGCAAGCUCGCGCAUCAAGUCCCGAUCGAACUCUAAGCCCAAGUCCACCAAAAGUAAACCCCCUUGUCAAAUUGGGCACAAAACGCAAAGUUCCCACGCCAACCCCCACAAGUCAAAACGCAGAUGAUUCCACUGAAGAUGACGAACCUAUACAAGCGAGUUUACAUUCUACGAAUGCAAUUGAUGAUAAUGAUAAUGAUAAUGAUACCACGGAUGAUGAUGCCCCAUUUUCACCACCAUCAAAACGGCAACAGACCCCGAAAACUUCGCCAGCUAAGCAGAAAGGCAAGCUCGGGAAGAUAGGCGGAAAGAAAGCUCCUUCGCCUUCUCCAGAGCCGGAUUCGGAGUCGGAGUCGGUGCCGGUGCCGGUGCCGAGUGUUGAAUCGGAGGCUAUCAAGGUGCGGCCUAAAAGAGGCAUGCUCGGUAAAAUCGGCGGAAAGAAAAAAGAGACAGCAUCAAUACCUGAAAUCGACUCUCAGAAUUCGGUAUCACCAAAGAAGAAGCUGGGUACGAUCGGUGGGAAGAAGGCUGCUACCGGGGACGCUAGCCAGAUAGAAGAUGCCUCUGGCGAAAUAAACAGAGGAAGGGGAAGAGCACUGACGACAGAAGAAGCAGAGCAAUCGAAAGAAAAAACCCCACCACCAAGGGAGACUUCUGAGGAACGGGCUGAUAAGAAGAGAGCAAUUUUGAAAAAGGAAUUGGAAGCAAAAAGUAAGGCGCCAGCCAAAAAGAAAAGGAAAUUUUGAGGGGAGAACUUGUGGGCAGUAGAAAUAUGUAAACAUACAAGUAUGUUCAUUUGCCCCAUCUGAACAAUUCUGCAUUUUCGUUACA